AUGGCCGAUCCGACGAGCAAGGGACGGUUAAGACAACCCUGGCUCUUCUGCGAGAGACCGAGACCACAGAUCCAUAUCGGCCAAGUUGGACAUAGACCAGCGCCACAUAGGCUGCUUGACUCCUAUAGCGAAAUGGGGUUCUGCGAGGCUAGCCCGAGCUUGAACACCACAGCGCCAUUUGGGAGAGUGCCGUCAGUCAGGACUUGCCUGGGAGGUUCUUCAGUCAAGAAGCUCCCCAGGCCAGAGUCUACAGAUGGACAGGCGAGUAUGAGGGGGAAGGAAUAUCAUUGUCGUCGGGGUCAAGCAGUGGAGAGAACGGUGAGGCGAUCUCAACCUGGCUGGGCUGAUAUGAAAUAUCUAAAAAUGCUCAACCAGUAUAAAAUGCAAGAACAUUCGACCCUAAGGGGACUGCUACUGAACACAGAACCAGAUGAAAGAAAGACCCUUGAAGUGCGAUGGAUGUGCGAAAGCGCAAGAAGAAAAGCGAAGUGA